AUGGUUGCACCGAGGUCUCGUGAAGGAGAAGGAUCAAGACAGUUGCUGCCUGCUCGACAACAACUAGAAGUUGAGGAGGAAGAUGGGGAAGAAGAUGAUGAGGGACCCUGCGGUUCAUACUUCAGAUUUCGUGGCUCUACCUAUUCUCUAUUCAAAGUGAUAAGCUACUGGAAACAAUAUAUUGGAUAUUAUGCAGCAUGCAAGAAAGAAGUCGAGAAGGCAAGAUUCGGAGGCCUAUUGGACCUUCGAAUGCCGAAAAUUUCCCAAUACUCAAAGAAGGUGUUCAACUUCACACCUGAGGAUGUGGCACGUGUGUACGGCCUUCCUCUCGGUGGGGCUGUGAUUGAUCUGAAGUACGUUGAGGGGGGGACGCUCGACAGUUUCAGCAAGGAUAUCGGCAUGAUUCCUAACAGGAGCCUCAAUGUUCCUGUCAAGGAUCUGAUGGAGUUGGCCAUUCCAGCCAAAGGUCCUAGACCACCUGUUGCAAUGGUUGUCAAGCAAUUCUUGUUGCUAGCUACUGGUUCGUUGCUCGUGCCAACAUUUGCUCGAAGGUGCAAGCUAGACUUUGCCGCAUACAUAGGUGGGAGUAUUGAGGACGUUAGGGUGUUGGAUGACAAGCCGUGCAUGUGGGUUCUCGGAGAUUGCUACUUCUUGAUACUCCAUCUACUAGACUCCCUAAUAGGGGGAAGAUAUGACCUAGCUGCCGCUCUGCUUAGUAGGGAAGAAAUCGCCUCUUGCAACCAACCAGCGACUACUGAGGGUACUAGUGCAACAGCGGUGAGCAGUUUAGCUCCUCCUCCGGCUCGUGCACCGAUGCCCACCAUGGAAUGGUGGGAGACUGAAGAUUUGACUAGCCUUCAGCUAGAGCAGCUUAAGGGAUUGAAGGAAAUGACUGAGAGCAUGAUUGAAAAGUGGGUGGCUCGAAGGGACAAGGUCCAAAGGUUUGUCGAGAAUUUGGAACAACAAGAGUGA